AUGUCUGCCGAACAAGCAUUGAAAAAUAGCCAUGUCAUUGCUGGAAUUAUGCUGAUAUGUCAAGGUUUAGCUCUUGUAAUGCUUCCACAGUUGACAACGAAACUACUGCUCCUAUCGCCACUUGAAACCGCCCAAGCAGUACAAUACGUACGAACCACCGGUUUGGCCGUUGUAGUCAUUGGAUAUUAUUAUUGCGUCGCAGGAAAAUGUGGACUGAUCAGUUUUUUCCGAGCAAGUAUUAUUGGACGCUUGACUCUUCUUCCCGUCUUGCUUGCAAUGAUUCAUUUCUUUUCGGUUGAAACCCCACUCAUUAUCUUGGGUAUUCAAGAUCUAAUGACUGCUAUGUGGUCUUAUGCAUGUCUGAAAGCAUACGAUAAAGAGCAAAGCAAACUCAAACAAUAA